AUGCAAUUUCUCUUAAAAUAUCAUAGUCUCAUUCAAAGGUAUCCGCUAUCGACAAAAUCUAUUACCGCAGGUUGUAAAUUAUUCAUAUGUUAUAGGAUUCAUUGUUUCUCUAGGAGAUUUUACAGUUUAAACUAUGAAGCCUUAUUUUGACUAAACAACAUAGCCUCACAAGUUGGAAUUGAGAAGACUGGGAAUUGCGUGGUUGAUGGGGAAUGUGUUUAUGGGGCCUUUAUUUCAUUAUAACUUUACUUACAUGUUACCUUGGCUAGUAAAGAGGUCGCAUAUAUUUUAUAUACUAUAGAUUACCAUUCAAUACUUCAACACCCAUAAGAAGAGCAUUUGGUUCUGUUUUAAUUGAUUAAACCGUGUGGAGUUGUUACCUACUCUGUCAUUACUUAAUGAUAAUAAACUUUCUCGAAAGUGGAUCAAUCCGAAAAGGCAUAGAAGCAAUUCAAAAUAAUUUUACAAAAGUUAUAGUAACCAAUUGGUAAGUGUGGCCAGCAGCUUAAAUUAUCAACUUUUGGUUAAUUCCUCGACCUUAUUAAGUCCUCUGGGUAAAUCUCAUAGGCUAUUUUUGGAAUAUAUAUUUGAGUUAUAUAUAACAUAAAUGA